AUGUGCUGGGGCCGGGGCAGCUGCCCUUCUCGUGGGUGUGCUCAGCCCAUCCUCUGGACAGAUGGAUGGAAGAUAACAGAGCGUCAGUCCAGUCGCUACCAGUUAGAGGGGGACCUCACGCGGGGGGACGUGUCCCUGACCAUAGUGAAUGCGGCGGAAGCAGACGAAGGGCUGUAUUGCUGCCGUGUGGAGAUCCCCGGUUGGUUCAAUGAUGAGAAGAACCACCUGGAAGUUGUGAUUGAGAGAGUUGUUCCUAAGACCACCAUUCCGUCCUCUUCCGUCACACUAACAUGGCUAUCCAUUUCCAGUUCAGAAGCGCCUCAGGCUUGGAAUGUGUCUACAUCAGUCCAGCCAGUGGCGCGUGAAUCCAGGGGGCCAGGGAUGUACCGAAACAGCAUCGUUCUGUCCUUGCUAGGCCUCCUCGUUUUGGCCUUGUGUAUCUUCACAUGUUAUUUCUGCAAGACACAAAAGCUGGAGAACGUGGCCACUGUGUCCUGAGCCGAGAGCCGGUUUGGCCAGUGGUGUGCAUAGCGUGAGGUGGUGGUCAAGGCGGACGUGGUUUUCCUCGCUUUAUGCAGAAAUAACACAGGAUCGGUUAUCCGGAUGGCUGCAGAGAAUUAUUGUCUCACUUACAAUUCUUCUCAGCUUGAGCAUGCCCUGGGAUGUGAGGAAUCAGAACUUCCUAUUUCUAGACACUAACCAGGCCGUGAGUCCCAGUGUGACUGGAUAGAGGGGUCCAUCUGUCACGAGGAGCAAGAGAGACGAGGGAGUCUCCACUUCACCUGAGCAGGCAGCCUUCAGACUCCAACAGAAGGAAGAGAUUGUCUGCGGAGCGGGGCCAUUGCAUUCAGGUGUUCAUUCAGUGAAUGAAUGUCCUGUCUUGUAUUGUCACAGCAGGCUCUUCUGCAAUGUUCUUGAUGUAACUGUCGCAUGGUCCCAGGAGGAUUAAGCCAUAUAUUGGAGUACCACAAGGGUGGUGUGCACAAGUUACCAGGGACACUAGGGAGCUCCAGCAGAGGUCAUGAGGCCUAUGACAGCUGCAUCUAACAUCCCAAGAUGGGGGUGCUUGCCAGGCCAAACCCAGAGACGGUGCCUUGACCCUGCUCCAACUCUGUGGGCAUGGGCACAUGCAGGGUCUACGGCUGGGGCCAAAGUGGCAGACGGAAGAGUGUCCAGAGAGCGGGUGUGAGGCUCAAGCACCUGUCUGGUUGAGAAACUGUAUUACCCACUAAAGAUGAAAACUGCACCUACUAUGCUGCUCCUGAAAUGUUUGUUCCACUGAGCACGGUGAAUUGUUGUAUGUUCAUGUGCUUAGUUUUAUCCGGCAGCAAAGUUGAGGGAUGCUCAGUGUGAUGGCAAGACACGAGAAGCCAUUCUUCUGCUCUACUCAGCGCUGAUUAGGCCUCAGUUGGAGUGUAGUGUCCAGUUCUGGGCACCACAUUUCAGGAAAGAUGUGGAGAAACUGGAAAAGGUCUA